UGCAAAGUUCGCCAGUCUGAUGUUACGUCGUUGAGACCUCUUUGAGGAACGAUGAUAGCGCAGAGUUGCACCGACUACAGCUCAUUUCCUGCCCAGGGGCCGCAGAAGCGUCGUAACCCGCGCCAGAGUGGCACUAUCAGAAGAUAUUGCGAGGCGGAAAACUUUCUCUUUUCCUUCUGUACUUCAACACCUCUUGCAUUUCUCAGCACGACAACGGACUCCACAGUGUAUUCAUCCUCCUGUCAUUGCCAUGUCGAAGAUUGCACACUAUCUCGAAUCGACCUGCUUCCAGGAGUGGGGCUACAAAGGCGAUGACGCACCUCGUACGCGACCAGACAUGCCCCUGUUGGAUCUCAGGUCCAUUGUCACAACCACCGUCAUCCUUGCGACGAUUCAACGUGGUCUGGCGGCCUUUGUGGCACGACAAGGCAAGUCCACUAUCGCCAAGAGUCUCCUCAAGGUCCACGCCAGCAUUUACUCCUGUAUUUGCCUCUGUCUCGUGUUUACAUCUCUUGUCCCCGAAUCGAAAUGGCCGACGUGGAUUGCCGGCAACCUCCCGGAUGCAGGAUACAUAUACCAUUAUUCCAAGUUUUACGAAUACACCGAUGUCGUUCUCGUCACGCUCUUGGGUUACGAGAUGGAUUGGCACUGGGGCUUUCAUCACCCUACUACCCCUUACCUGACUUACGCUCGAUGCGUCAUUUGCCCUGAUGGCGGUUCGUGGAGGAUCUUUGCAGCUAUGAACUCGUUUCAUCACUGGUUGAUGUACGCCGCCUUUGCAGGAUACACGUUUGGACGACCUUAUAUGGGCUAUACGGGUCUUUCUCAACUCACAGUCGGUGUCAUUAUUGAGGUCUACCGGGGAUACCUGAAAUUCGCUCAAGGUGGAGGUCUACAAGAAAUUUGGCCCCAUGGUGUGGCGGGAACCCUUCUCUUCAUCUACUGGGUCUUUUUCGUCAGGAUGUGGGUCCAGCAUGCCACAAAGAGCAGCUCGGAAGGCAAAGAGGCGAAGGGACAGGAGAAGGAACAGGUUGGAGAACAGAAGGAGGAAUGACGCGCUUGCGUGAUCACCAUCUGUGUCCGUAGACCGAGAAGUAGCUCGUCUGCGGACAUCAAAGGAUCUGGAUACAAAGGAAUGAUCGACUGAGAAGCUUGAAAGAUCGGAUGAAUGGCAAAGUGUUAUCUGUACAGAUUGAUGCA